AGAGAGAGAGAGAGAAAGAGAACGAGGGUGCUGGGGAUUACGGAAUUAUUUCGGCGUGAUCAACGGAUUCAAUUGAAUAAAAAAAAACUCGACAACCAAAACAACUUCGAGUCGCGACGACUAGACGUUGACUCAGUGGGAGGGUUCUGGUUAAUGGGCGACUAUGGACGAGAGGGCUGAGAGACUCUGAAGAGGAUUGAGAGAGGUAUGGUGAUAGUGGAGUGAGGCACUCGACGAAACAACUGGGGGAUUACAAAGGUUCAGCGUUAUUUGGGGGAUAUUGAGGAUGAAUAAUCAGGCGUUUAGCUUGGCCGAGAGGCUCAUCCCUUCGACGUAUGUACAGCAGGGAUUGAAUGCUAAGAAAACGAGGGAGAAUCUUAUUCGACAUUUCAUUGAACAUCGAAAGUGGCCGGAGGAGGGAUGGGACGAUGCAACAAUCGAGGCAUUUCUCUCAGACCUAUCCCAGAUGGACAGCAACAAUUUUCCCCUCAAUUGCAGUGUUGGGGAACGCGAGUCACGUAUAGUAUCGAAUCUCGUUGCAAGACGUCAUUUUCGAAUGGGCCACGGUAUUGGAAGAUCGGGGGAUCUCGAGGAGGUACAGCCAAAGGCUGCCGGUAGCAGUCUCAUGUACAAACUGACUAAUGCACUUGUCCUCGAAGUAAUUCGAUAUAUGGGAGUGAAGAGCAUAGCCGGCUGCUUUCUCUCCCCAAUGGCGACAGGGAUGAGUCUCGUCCUGUGCAUGCUGACUUUGAAACAAGACAGACCGCGAGCGAAAUACGUCCUCUGGCCCAGAAUCGAUCAAAAGUCUAGUUUCAAAUCGAUAAUAACAGCCGGACUGGAGCCAAUAGUUAUCGAGAUGCAGAUUAUCGGGGAUGAACUCAAGACCGAUAUGCAGAGACUAGAGUCCCAAAUGGCUGCACUAGGCGAGAGCAUCGCUUGUGUAUUAUCGACGACUAGUUGUUUCUCCCCAAGGGCCUGUGAUUCGGUCGAUCUCAUUGCUGCAUUGUGCACUCAGUAUAAUAUUCCACAUUUGGUCAAUAAUGCUUAUGGAUUACAAAGUACUAGAUGCAUGCAUCUGAUUCAAGAAGCCUCGCGAAAGGGUCGAGUGGAUGCAUUUGUCCAAAGUACAGACAAGAAUUUUUUGGUGCCAGUGGGUGGGGCGGUGAUAGGUUCUUUCGAUAAGAACUUGCUGGAUCGAAUUUCAAAAAUGUAUCCAGGUCGUGCAAAUGCGAGUUCUACGAUGGACGUUAUGAUAACAUUAUUGAGUCUGGGAAUGGCGGGAUACAAGCAACUGAUAGCCCAGAGGAAGGAGAUGUACGCGUAUCUGAAGGAAGAGCUUGGAAAACUGGCGACGAGGCACGGAGAGAGACUACUCGAUACUAAAGGGAAUCCCAUAUCGAUGGGUAUGACGCUGCAGUGCUUGAGUCAUCAGCAUGAUCACAAGCAAGUUACUAUGUUGGGCUCCAUGUUAUUCGUAAGGAAUGUCAGUGGGGCUAGAGUCAUUACUACGACAGAUAUUAAACAUGUCGUGUCACAUAAAUUUGAAGGCUGGGGAGCCCACAACAGCAACUACCCAAUUCCAUAUCUGACAGCAGCAGCAGCCUUAGGUAUGAAGCGUUCAGACGUAGACGCCUUCAUCCAGCGUCUGGACAAGGCCUUGACAAAAGUUCGUAGGCGUUCGGCCCCAGUGACCCCAACAGCCUCCCUAGCAGGCUCCAGCAUAAAUGGUGACGCAAGUAAUCCUGGUGGACCCGGUGAAUCUUCCACCGCGUCCACCAGCCGAGCGAGUAGCAAAGACAGCCUGCGAAAAUGAACCGUAAUCAACGCAACUGGCCAGUCCAAUCAGCACAUUAACAUCAAUUUGUAAACGAUGAAUUUUCUGUGCUGAUUCGUCUGUCCAAUUGCGUUGAGAUACCGAGUCUAUUCAUGAACAAUUAAAUUAAAACAAACGAGAAGACAAACUCGAAUGUUUUGGUUGAGAGGAGGAAGCGCUGGUCGCUGGGAGUUUAUUGAGGAAUGAACAGUUAUUACGUUCUCUGAACAUUCAUUUCUUACUGAUGAUCGAUUGCUGUCGAUCAUGAAUUUUGAUUAUCCUGCAAUAAUGUGUAAUUACGGUCUUUCAAUUUUUUCAAUGCACGUUUGAUAUUUACAUUCAAUUGCGAGGUGGUAAACCUCGAGAGGACAGAUGUCUACUUUUCACGUGUUGACAAAUACGAAAUUAUCUUAAUAACAAGUGAUUUUAGAGGAAAAUGUCAUAACCGAUGUAUAGUUGAAUAUUUUAUCAGCUACAACAAACUUCUGUGACAUUUUCCCCUGUAAACACUCGUUCUCAAAAUAUUCAGGCUGAUGACGAAAUUAAUUUUCCUUCUGGUUAAUUACACGUUCAUACAAUCUUAGAGCCUCUGGCUGAGGCAUUAUAUUCGGAAGAAAUGUCGAGAUGUUUUUGUCCGAAAUAAUUAGCCUCUGAGAUAAUUGGAAUGUUGAUGAAAAUAUCACCACUGUACUGCGAGAUGAAUAAUUUUCAUCAAUUAUUUUCUAUUCUGUGCACUGAAGUGAAAGCGGCUGGAGGUAAUCUACGGGUGACAUCAAUGAGAAAAAAUAUUUGGAUGGAAAGGAAGAUCUAUAGAUCUGUUGGCGAAUGAAGAUUUAUUUCUUGACGUAAUAAAUUGUAAAUUGGGAUAAAAUCGCCAUGAUUAAUUUAGGUAGACAGCUUGAAGGUAAAUAAGAUUAGAUUUUUUUUUACUUCACUCCUCUUUCAUUACUGCUCCAUCAGAAAAGGUGCAUUGGAAUCUGCUGUGGAGUGGUGAGACGUGAUGAAAAGAAUUUUACACCUUUUCAAUUGCAUUUAUUUCGGCGACUAAUUGUUGCAAGGGGGAAUAUGCCUGGAUUUUUAUUCGCACCUGAGAACAUUUCCAACGAGAAAUGUUCUCCAGCGUGCGCCCCUCGAACAACUUAUUGACGAGGAAAUUCCAGUAUUGAUAGGGUGUAAAUAUUGACCAUUCGAUCAAGUAUUUUAUCAUACCACUGCAGAAACGAUUAAUGAAAGAUAAUGGAAUGAGCAUAAGGCGUUGAAUGGCGCCUGCAUUUAGGAUUAGAAUUUAAAAUUAAUCACACGCAUCAAAGAAUUAGUUCUAAUAAACCUAAACCAAAAAUUAAUGAAUUAAGAACUGAGAAAUAAACAAAAAGUGGUAGAGAGUUAAGUCUCAAUCAGAGGUAGGACAAUUGCAUGAAUUUAGAAGGUGAAAAGGAGAAAGAUUUAAUGAGGGCCUGGAGCCUACGGGUGACUAGGUGAUUUGAAAAUUAAAAAACUCAAUGGCUGAGAAACUAUAGAACACAUUAGAUAGCGGAAAUUUGUUAUUGAUUUGAAUGAAUAUAGCCUUUACACGUUGUUAGUUAUAUCUGUGCUAAUAAUGUUUACAAAAUUUAAAUUCAAUUAAGCCUAGCUCAAUACUCAAAUUUUAAUCCCUACGUUUUAUCAAUGUUAACGAAGUUUAUUUAUUUUUUUAUAGAUAUUAGAAAUGGCUUCGCAUCCUCGGGAGUAGGUAGACACGAUUAGUCGAUUUAUUUCUGUAGGGAAGUGGUGCAAGUAUUAUUUUGUCAAUAUUUCCGAAAUAUCUGCUGAUAUUUUUCUCUGUAUCCAUUUAUUUCUGAAGUUAUUGCAAAAUAUUCUGAAUGGAAUUUUGAAGAUCUCGCUCUACCACUUCUCUGCAGAUAUCCAAUCACAUAAAAAAAAUAAACAAAACGAAUUCUGACAAUGGAAUAAUGUUAUGGAGUGACUGUACUGUGAAGCGUGUUAACUGACUAAUUGAUCAAUUAAUCACAUGCAGAAUAAAUCAAUACAAUAAGUACUGUAAAAGAAAAUCAGAAUUUUUGCAAAAUACUUGAGAAUUUUCCUAUGUAAAUAAAAUCUUGAUUUGA